UUCCGUUUCCUGGUGUUUUCCUUUUUCUUUUCUUCUUCCAGCCGGCUACACCUCCAGAGACGCCCAACAGGGGGCUCGCGCGCUCGUUCGGGCUCGGCCGCGGGAGAAGCCGGGCGCCCCGGGCCGGAGCUGCCCCGCCAGCGCUGGGGCUUGGCAGCCGGGGAGCGUAGUCCGGAGGCCUCUGAGGACGCCCUUCCGCUCUCCCGGGGCGGGGCGGCGCUGUCCGGCCCUUCCGGCCGCGCUCUGGCCACGCCCCCUCGCCCCUCGCGCGGUCCGGUCCUCGGCAAGGUGGCGGUUCUCUGCAGGCGGUGCCUCCCUCGGGCGUGCCUCUGCAGGAGAGCCGGGCAGGGCUGCGGCCGGCACUACCGCGCCGCGAUUUGCGCAGAGUUGAAGAAGCCCCUGACCAUUGAAGAGGUGGCCCCCCGCUCCGUCGGGCCUCAAGAGGUCAGAGUUGAUGUCCAUUUCUGUGGCGUUAACUUUGCUGAUAUUUUGGUCUGCCGAGGUCAAUAUCAGGAAAAGCCCCAUCUUCCCUUCACACCGGGACUCGAGUUUUCUGGGACAGUAUUGGAGACAGGCACAGAUGUCAGCACAGUUAAAGAGGGAGAUAGAGUUAUUGGCAUGAGAAACUUUAAUUGUAUGGCUGAAGAAUGCAUCAUUGAUCAGAAGAACCUGUGGCAGAUCCCAGAAAAGGUCUCCCUACAAGAAGCUGCUGUCCUCCCUAUAUCCUAUGGUACUGCGAUUUUUGCUCUUGAGCAUCGGGCCCAUACACAGCCUGGUGAAGUUGUUUUAGUGACAGCAGCAGCUGGAGCAACAGGCCUUGCAGUGAUAGAUGUGGCAACAAAUGUUCUUCAGGCCAAGGUAAUAGCUGCUGCUGGAAGUGACGAGAAGUGCAAGCUGGUGCUGCAGAGGGGUGCGCAGUCCAGUGUGAACUACAGUCAGGGCAGCCUGAAGGAUGCAGUGAGGAAGCUGGUGGGCAAGGGCGGGGUGAAUGUGGCCAUCGACAUGGUGGGAGGAGACGUCUUCCUGGAGGCUCUCCGCAGCCUGGCAUGGGAGGGCAGGAUUGUGGUGGUGGGAUUUGCUGGAGGAAACAUCGCUUCUGUGCCAGCCAACCUUCUACUCCUGAAGAAUGUCUCUGCCAUGGGCCUGCGCUAUGGUCAAUACAAAGAAACAAAGUUUCCUGUCUUCUCCAAGAGCCUGUCUUCAUUGCUUCAGUACUGCCAGCAAGGGCGCAUACAACCAUAUGUCGGAAUGGUUUCCAAGCUGGAGGAGGUCAAUGAUGCCUUCCUUCAUGUGAUACAGGGGAAAUCCAUGGGCAAGGUGCUUCUCGCUCUUAAAUAAAUCCUCACCUCAGCAGCAAA